UUUGCAAUAUUAUGCAUAUGAACUUGAAGAUAGCUGAUGUUCUUGAAGAUGAAAACUCGACAAAGUUGAAUUACCUCACAAAGCCUUGGAUACAAUGCCACGAAAGCAAAGUGAAACGUAGUAGAAGAGGACAGAGAGAGUCUUCUUCAUUUACUGUCAAAACUUAUGACCAACCUGGAAGAUGGAUGUCGACCUCUUCAAUAGAGUUACUAGUUCAGGAAUUACGUCAAAUAGCACAAGAUUCUUUGGACGAAGUUCCUUUAUAUGGUGUCUUCUCAGGUAACGGAGAUGCUCUUAAGAAUCGUGUCAUUUCCAUAGCAUAUGAUAAGAAUGAGCCAAUUGGAUUCACUGCUAUGUGUUAUUUACCUCCUAUCGAUUCCUCUGUUGUAGACAAAUACGAGAACUUUUUGCAAACUACUGAAUCCAGUUGGAAUCAAUAUCUAUUACAUCUUAUCUUUCGAAAUGUGUUGCAUUUAUAUCAUGGUCCAAUUCUGCAUCUAGGUCUUACGAUGAUCAAGCGACAACAUCGAGGAAAAGGAAUUCAAUCUUCUCUAUUUCUUAAGUGUCUUAUUUUGCCAGUAUUGAAUCAACGAAAGUUAUUUUUUCCCAUCACCAACAUUGCUGCUAGUCCUGCAGGAAUCGGAGCAGUUUCAGAUUACUUUUUUAUGAGCUAUCCUACUUAUCAUUCCAAUAACAGAUGUCUAUUGUUUCAUUUAGUUACUGCCCAACAUGUACUGGCAACUUCUCGUCAUGAGUUUGGUUGUUCAACUUUGGCAAAGUUUGAGGAGUCGACAUUUGUGGUUAGAUGUUCCAAUGAUCCUGUUGGAGGAGGUGCUUAUGCAUUUAUUAAGGAAGAUGGGAAACCUAUUAGUCAAUAUAAGAAUCCUAUCUGUAACCAAUACUGCGGGUCUUUAUUGCAACUCGAAAAGGGUGACGAACUAUUUCAAGUAGCGAUAUUCUGUCCUGUACUUUCUAUUUUUCAAUUCUUAUUCACCAACACCAUUUCUUAUCAUCCGUCUUCGAGAAAGCACAUGAGUUUGAUCAUGGAGAAAAGGAAAGCAUUCCUAUUCAAGUCGAAUAUGCAUUGGUAUAUCAUCGGUUGUCUUUUCUUGGUUGUAUAUUUUGCAUGGAGUCGUUCCAUUCUAGUUGGUCAUUUUCUACGUCAUCGAGAAAUGGAAAGUUUUUUUGCAGUUGUUUAAAUGGAAUGAAUGAUUGGUUGGAUAUUAUAUGGAUAUGAUCAGAAGAACACGAUAAGAAUUUUUACCUUGUUUUCUUUGCAUUGUCG